AUGGUUGAACUCGCGCCUUACCCCACGCCCUUAGGCAUCUUCGCACCUUUCUUUGCUCGCAAAUCUGAAACCCUGGUCAUCAAGGAGAAGGUUCUCUCCUUAUCGGGUGACAGCUUCGACAUCAAAACGGUCGAUGGCCGGCCCAUCUUCCAAGUGAAAGGUUCGGCGUGGUCGUUGUCAGGCCGCAAGAUGGUAUGUGACAUGGGAGGAAACCAUCUAUUCACUAUCCGCAAGAAGCACCUUGCUAUCCACUCGACUUACUAUGCCGAGGAUCCCAACGGGAACCAGUUCUUUGACGUCACCUCCAAGUUCAGCAUUGGCUCCUCAAAAGCUUAUGGCAACUUCGUGUCCGCCACCGGGAAACAAGAGAGACUUUUUAUGAAGGGAGACUUCUUCGACAGGUCCGCGGACAUCACCGAUGCUGCAACGAAGCAACCUGUCGCGACCAUCAGGCGCCAGUUCCUCAAUGCGCGUGAGCUCAUCGCUGGUCAACAAACAUACGAGGUCACGAUUGCACCCAAUGUUGACAUGGCUGUCAUUGUAGCGAUGUGUAUCUGUUUGGAUGAGAAACGCAACGAGAAAUAA